AUGGAAUCAUCUAAUCAUUAAAUAAGCCUAGGCAAAAUUAAGAAUUAGUACAAUAUCUAUUAGGUCCUUAUAAAUGCUCAGCAGACAAAGAUUAGCAGCAUUGAAGAGUUUAUGUUCAGAAUAAAUCAAUGUAUGAGAAAAAACUUAGUUUAAAAUUUGAAUCAGAUCAAGUAGUUUAGUAGCCAGUUUACCUAGAGAGCCACUUCUUCUGUUUAUCUUAAUUUUACCACGUAAAACCCAAGGCAUUAAUAGGAACUUUAGAAUCUCAUAAACGGAUUAACUCAUUAUGAAAGACUAAUAGUAGAAAUAGAUCAUUAAGAUUAAUUGAAUAAGUUAGUUGAGUACAUUGAUCAAAAUUCCUUAAAUCAUGUUCUUGAAAGACUCAUAAUCUGUACCAAUUUUGAUCAAUUUGGUGAGCAAUAUAUGCAAGAGAAUUACCAAAAAUAGAUUGAAAGGCUCAGAGUGAAAGAUAUCUAUUUUAAGAUCAAGGCAUCAGAGCAUGCUGAAUAGUUCUUGAGAUAGUUCGAUAUUAAUGGUUUAAGGAUGACCAUUGAGUGCUCAAAAGAUGUUUCAGUAAAAGAAUGGAUUCCAAGCUAUGAUAUUUGUGUUGGUCAACUUUUCAUUCUUUACUUUACUGACAGUCACGUAAAUAUAUUAGGAUCAUUCAAGAAAGUUUAAGAAUUAAUCCUAUUUUCUUGCAUGCCUAGACAUAAACAAUAACAUGAAGAAUUUGUAAGACUUCAAGUAGAGAAGCUAUCUCUUCUAAGUUCAAGUAAAUGGAAUGAAUCGACUCUUGACCUGCCAGAUCAAUAUGAAUUCUCCUAUCUUCCUUUAAAAAAGAUUGACACAGUACUGACAAGAAUAAAGACUAUGUAUGAAGGUUUUCUCAGCCUCUCCGAGCAUUUAAAGGAGCUAAAAUUUGAUGAGUAUGACAUGAGACUAUCAGAUUUAAAUACUCUGGAAAAUGGCCUUAAGUAUUUCUUCAAUCAACCUCAAACUAUAAAAAUUCUCAAUAUACCAUUUGAUGAUCAAGAUUAUACGAUAGAGUUUCAGGAGCCUGAUGUAAAUUUAACGAAAAUAUUACACCUCUAGGCACACAAAAUUUCUAACAGCUCUCAUUUUUACCCUUCUAAGGUUAUUGGCUUAUCUUCAAUAUUGUAAAAUCUCUAGGAGUUAAAGCUAGAUUUUGCAUAAAACAUGAAUGAAAUUAAACUACCAGAAAAUUUUAAAUUCAAUCAACUUAACUCCCUUGAAUUGGUUUUAUAUGGCCGAUCUAUUUAUUAGGAGAAUUUUUAUCUCAGAAUAAUUAAAUGUGCAAAGAAAACACUAAAAUCUCUAAAGUUUCAAUUUGUUAGUUGCUUUAUAGAAUAGAUCUUGGAAGCAUUAGGAAGUUUUAUGGAGGAGAUUAAUUAAGAUAAUCUAUAAAAGCUUUCUUUAGUUUAUGAUACUUUAUAAGAUGAAAGUAAAUUAGAACUAGAUUAUAUUUAAGCAGAAUAAUAUUCAAUCACUGUGAAAAUAUUAAGUUUUGAUAACUUGGCUGAAUUAGAGAUAAAUGGUCCAUUUAACUACUUGACAAAUUUGGAUGAAUCUAAGUAGUUUUUUGAGAUGAUAUUAAGACUUCCAAAGUUAAGGAUUGCUAAAUCAAGUAUAAGCCUUUACUAUGAUGCAAUAUGCAAAUUUCUUGUCCAAAGAAAAAGAAUGAUAGAAUUGCAUUUGAGAAAAGAUAAUCUAACCUUACAAGAACAAUAAUCAUUGAUUGAGCAAUCCCCUAAACAUAACUUCCACUUCAUACCCAUUGGUAAAUGA